AUCUAGUAGUUUCUGACUUUAGGCAUCCGUCAAAAGUUCAGGAGCUGUUUAUUUUCCACGAGGCAUAUCACAAUUCCAUCUGCGAGCACCGUUGUGAGCACAUCAAAAAUAAAACAAACCAAAUUCCGAUGAAAAACACCUAUUGGAAAUAGCUAUUUUUUGUGUGUACACACGUAAAUUCGCUCCCCACAGUGUUCAUUCCGUCCACUCUUCCUUCCUUCCUUUGGUUCAUCUUUGGUUCGAUCCUACCCGUCGUCGACGGCUCCAAAAUGUGCUGCAAUCCCGGAGGCUGCUGCAAUCUGCCCACCUGCAUCCAGUGCACGAACUUCUGUUUUAAUUGCUGGACAGGAACUGCUGCUGUGCCAUGUUGCCGCAGAAGCUGUAUUCCUGGAUGCUGUGGCAGUCCAAGGUGUCGUUGCUGAAAAAACUACUUAAAUUUCUGUGACUCUACUACUAAUAAAAAAAAAGAAGAUGAAGCAUGUAA